UCCCUCAAGCAGAGCGCACAAGGAACGCGAACAGGCGCUGUCUUAGGCCCCGCCAGCGCCACCGCCCUCAGUCUCUUCCCGACCGGCAAGGACGACGGACGGACUUUCGUAGCCGAGCUGUAACCAAGAUGAUGAAGCGCACUGCUCUCCUGCUGCUCGUGGCGCUGGGGCUGGCCGUGGGGGCGCCCCGGGACCCCGAGGAGGGCCGCGUGUCCAGCAGCCUUCCCGCCGAGCACCGCCAGGACCUUCCGCCCAUCCGGGUGCUGGAGACGCUGGACGCGACGGUCGAUGCAGUCAUCAACUCGAAGACCGUGGCGGCCAUCGACGAGGCGGCCGCCCAGGUGGCGCUGCUCUUCGGCGACGUGGUGGAGGACGUGGGCGACUUCGUGGUGGACAGGGUGCAGGACCUCCCGCAGACCAUCGACCGCGUCUCGCAGCGCGUGGGCGACGCCGUCGAAAGCGGCAAUGAGCGGGUGGUGAUCGUCGUGAAGGGCGUGAAGAGGAAGGUCAAGGACACCCAGAACAUGACCAUGGCGACCGUGGACAAGGUCGUCGACGCUUUCAAUACGUCGCAAGUCGUGUCGAGCUUCCAGAAACUCGGCGAGCGUCUUGCCACCUCCUUCACGCGCAUUGUGGGAUCCAUCUUCAACAACAUGGAGAAAAUUGACUCGGCCGUAGCCCACAGCAUAAGGCGCGUGUCCGAGAGCGCCAUGCCCAACACAGACACCGCAGAGCAGGACACAAAACCGGAGGACACCACACAAGACUCAGUCCUUCGAGAGAAUGAAAUUCGAAAGUUGGUUUAGACUUGCGUCGAUUUUCACUCACAAGGUUUUAUUGUGUUAGCAACAGGUAUUAACUUCAGUGAAUCGUAGUACAGGUACAAUCACGCAUCUCUGUACAGGUAAAUGGUACAACUGAAUGGAUGGAAAUCUUGUUCUAUCCGUUUUUCUAUUCAAAGAAUAAUUUGCAAAGAACUUACAACUGUAUUUUAGGCGACGUUUUAUAUGGUCUGUAUGUUUGUUUUGUUUACUAAUACCUUAACCUACAAAUAUUUAAGGUAUUUAUUUAUUUUAUUUCUAAAUAUAUUAACCCAGGUGUCUACAUUAGCUGUCAACACUUGCUUCAAGAAAAGCUAGAGUUGGUCUAAAAACCUUUGAUAUUUUGGCAUUAUAUCCCGAAACAUUUGUAAAAUGUAGAGGAGAACAAAUAAAUUAUUCAAGAAAUA